CGUCGUCGGCAAGGCGAGCCCGCUGCCGGGUUAGAGGAGACGCGGGAGGCGGAGACUAGCAGGCAGGCAGGCAGGCAGGGGAGGGAGAAGAUGGCGGAGGCAGACAAAGACAGGAGUGCCUGGCGUGCUCUGGUCCAUGGGGUCACGAAGAGUUGGACACGACUAAACAACAACAACAAUCCCCCAGAAAAUGUAAGACCGUUCUGUUUUAUAUGUAAAAUAACUGAAAAAUGACUGACGGCCUUGUCAUGUCUGCUUUAGGGGAUUUACAAAAAAUUGUUGGUGGGGAACGAACACUUGGCUUAGCUUUCAAUUGACGAGGAGCAGGCAAAAUACAUUUUUAUUUAUACAGGCCUCUGUCCUGCAAGCUCCCUUGCAAAUAUAUUUGAAUUGGUUUUAACUGAUUUGGCGUUAAAAAAAAUUUUUUUGGACUGCUGUUGUAGCUUCCCUUGGAUCUUUUUAAAAAACUUUUUAUUUUAUAGCUGUUUUGUGGUAUUUUUCUACCUAUAUUGGGGACUGUGCCAUCAGGCCAAGGCAUUGCCCGCUUAUUUAUGUCAUUGGCACAUGGCCUCAGAACUGCGUUUGAUGUCUGACUAUAAACCCAGAAUGAGGUUCUGGAUGCAGUCUUGAAUGUACACAGGUUUCAAACAAUAGAGGACCUUCCAAAACCCAAUAGCAGAGUCUGAAAACUCUGUUUCCUGCUUUGUAGCAAAACACUGUAAUGUACCUGUGGUUGCCUAGAUCAGUAGGCAACCUGACUAUUGAACUGUGAAGAGAACUGCAAGUGAUAGGGAACUACUAUAGGAAGUCUGCACAGAGAUGGCAAUUAACUAAAAGUGAGACCUGAUGGUCACCAGAGCAAAGAAUGUUAUGACAAGGUCAUUCUGGACCAGAGGAAAGCUUAGGCUGCAUAAAUUGCAGAGUUGGGAGUGGGGAAAUCAGCCUUCGAAACAAAACAGAAACAACCACCCACAUGAUCACAUAACUAAGGCCUACUUCUAUGCCUUCUACAUCAGGUACUCAAGAAAAUUCCACACUCCUCACUAGCUCUCCCUACACACCCUCUGGAUCAGACUGGCAGAAUUCCUUUUUCAGACACCUCUUUUUCCAACCUGUCAAUCAAAUACCUUGUUCUACAUGGUUCCAGUGUCACAUUCAUGUAUAACAAGUAUUUUGACUGACAGCUUAGUCAACUGGAACGUUAAAGGGAGGGGGAAACCCUCCCCCAGAAGCGUUGUUUUGCACAUUCUGAAGCUGCCAAUCGUUUGCAUCUUUUGAUGGCGCUUAUUCAUAAGCAAGUGGAGGAGAUGUAGCAGCAAGAGACUGCUUGUUUCUCCUAUACCACCUCUUAUUCAGCAGAUUCUCGGAGCACACAGAACUGCCUGCAGGUGCGGAGUACUGCUGCUGGCCUGCACUUCUGCACCCAACAAAUUGCCAACUGAGCAUAGUAAAGAAUGAAAAAAGGAAGUUGCAAUCACUCUUCAACCCACUUCCACAAAGGUAGUCUAGCAAGGUUCUGUAUAGCUUACAGUAUAUGGAAUCCUUUGGGAUCCCUUUGCACCAGAUACGCAGGUGGGAAGCAAUAGGUGGUGGUGGAUCUUUGCCCACAUCUAGUGUGCAGGUUCUGAAAGAAUGCAUCAAUUGUCAACACAGCACCCAUGCUUUCAGCGGUCCAUCUUUUGGUGGUAAUAUUUUUGAUUUUGAAGAGCUUGUGGUCAGUUGGAUGAAAAGCCUUGAGGGAAGGCAGAUGGCUAAGACAUUGGGGGCAAAAUAUAGAAAAGGGCACAAGAAAUGCUUUUUGAAGGCUUAGGUUAUGAGUUCAGAGUAAGAGUUGAUUGUGUGGCUCAGCUGAAGCUUCUGUGGGUGACUUCUGCUUUUCCAAGCAAUUGAAUGGAGUUAAGCUUAGAAACGCUGCAAAAAUUUGAGAGGGGUUUGCCUAUACAUGCAGCAUACCUCACCAUGGAGCUCAAGACACCACCUACACAGUGAGUUCUGUUUUCUGAACGAUGCUAUCUAAACAAGGAUAACUGAAACAUUGAUUCAUCCCCUACGUAACCAACUGAUCACUGUGCCCUUCCAAAGAGGGAAUCCUGCAGGUACCACCCUAUCAAAGAGGUUCAUUUCAGAAUCGGGCCAGAAUUAGGAUGGGAGCAUCUCCCCUUUGGGACAUAUCUAUGUCUGCUACAUAUCAGAGAGGCAACUCCUCUGUUGUCAUUCAGUAAGUGCUAAAGACAUUCCUGUUUCAGCAAACAUUCAAAAUAGAGAUCUUUACCUCUGUAUCAGAUUUAAAACUUGUUUUUAUUAUACUGUGAAUCACUUUGGGAUGCCUCAUGGGAAGCGACUCAUAGAUGAAACAAGAAAUAAUAACAUAAUAAUACUGAGCACCAAAGGGUUUGGGUUGACUGUUUCAUUCCCUGUCCUGCUUGUCAGCACCUAGCUGGCUCCUGUUGGAAAUAGGAUGUUAGAAUUGAUAUCUCUUUAGUCUGAUCCGGGAAGACAGCUCCCCUAUUCCUAUGAAGUGCUUCAGAUAUACAUGCACACUCACUGAAAGGCUCCCUUUUUCUGUUCUACCACAUAGGGCACCAGCUUUGGAGUUACGCAAGUUUGCCCAGCCAGGUUUCUGAUUUCAAAGCAUACCUUAGUCAUUUUCUCUGCAUAUUCUGUUCUUCUGGCGCGGCGUUAAGUGUGCAAAGAAAGUUGCGCAAGCACCCCUUGAACUCACCUGACCGUAGCACUGUAUGUCUUAACAAAACCUAAUAAAAAAUUCCUUCAGUAGCACCUUAAAGACCAACUAAGUUUUAAUUUUGGUAUGAGCUUUCGUGUGCAUGCACACUUCAUCGAGGACACCUUUCAAAGCCCCUUUACUCAAUGAUGUUUUUGUGGGGAGAGGAGAGGCACACAGCAACACCUAAUAAUGCCUGGGUGUGUUUCCAUUCUUUUGUUUGCAUAUUGAUCUAACCAAGUCAGUUACUGAAGUUGUCAUCAUUCGAUUAUCAGGCACACAAUUCCAUUGACUUCUAAGGAGCGACACUGCUGCGUCUUCUUUCCCCAUCAAAGCGACACCCUAGCCAUUGUACUAUCUGUGCAGCUACUCUGAUUCUAUUCCUGAUAAGUUCAACUUAAAGCUACCGUAGGUUGUGGAGUUUAUUAUGCAAUCUCCAAUAACUUAUUAUCACAGAAAUUUGUGGAAGCACCUCUUUGGGACGUUGCCACAUCUACUUUGUAUGUUUAUGUUUGUAGUAACAUGAUGUGUGCCAGGCUUUGGCUAAAAGAAAACAAAAGAAGAGAAAACAGGCUAUGCUACUUCUGUGAUUCACCAUUACCCUAUGAAUGUUUGGCUGCCUGUGACAUUCCAUGUUCAUUUCUCAUCUUUUGGGGAGACGGGUCUUGAAUCUUUCAGCAAUAGAGAUCAAAAGUCCUAGUAUCAGUUUUGUCAAGAAUAAAUAAUUCCUGAAGCAGUGGUGAUGAACCAGAAAGUUUAGUAAAAAUCAUUUUAUUCCCAUUUUGUUUUCUGCAACUUCCUUCUAGGGAGAUGGCGGUUAUGGUUGUUACUCAGCAAAGUCUUACAUAGAGUAGACCUAUUGAAAUAAAUGAGCAUGGGUAAGUUAGGUCCAUGGGUGUCAAUAGGUCUACUCUGAAUAAAACCUGGGUGCAUACCACCCCAGGAUUUAAAGCUUUUAUUCACAAAUGAGGAGUAGAAUUUUAUUGUACUAAAAUAAAUGAAAGCUGUGAAUACUUCCCAAUUAAGCUGAAUAUCUGGGUGUUAAUUUUUUCAUAUAGAAAAGCACCUCCUUAUGCAUGUUUUAAGGUGAUGCUACAUUUAUCUUUAUAUCAGCAACUUAUUUUUAUAGCAUAUAUAUAUGCUCUCAAGCCUUUCUUGCUCACACACAUUAGUGUGCAUUCAUUACAGAACCUGAUGCCUCUGUAUUUUAGUGAGUGGCUGAGACACGUACCCAGAGCGGCUGUGCUUGUUUUCUGCUCAGAAGCAUCUUUGGAAUGGGUUGAAUCUACCGGCCACUUAUUCCUUGUACAGUAGCACAAGGAUUGAAAGCUGCAGAAUUUGGCUAGUAUAAGUCUUCAUGAGUUAAUGCCAUGCUGCCGCAGCCUUCUUCGAAUAUAUGUGGGUGCUCCAUAAUUAUAUUGUUUGUUUGUUUUGUUUUGCACAGGAAUUGGAGUACACCCUGAAUUAAGAAAAAUAGUAUUGCUUCAAGCUUCUUGGCCAUCCUCCCUUCUCUCCCAACAUAUGCGUUGCAUUUUGCUGUAAGUACAGGCGGCCAUGGCAGAUGACGAUGAUACGCAGCCAUCCAUCCCAAAGAAGUGCGGUCCGUACAUUUCUUCGGUGACCAGCCACAGCCUGAACUUGAUGAUCCGCGGAAUAGUCCUGUUUUUAAUUGGUGUCUUUCUUGCUCUAGUAUUAAACUUGCUACAAAUUCAAAGAAACGUCACCUUGUUUCCACCGGAUGUGAUCACCAGCGUCUUCUCCUCGGCUUGGUGGGUACCGCUUUGCUGUGGAACAGCAUCAGCUGUGAUUGGGUUAUUGUACCCCUGCAUGGAUCGACACCUGGGAGAGCCACACAAAUUUAAGAGGGAAUGGUCCAGUGUGAUGCGGUGUGUAGCGGUCUUUGUUGGUAUAAAUCAUGCCAGUGCUAAAGUGGAUUUUGCCAACAACAUCCAGUUGUCCCUCACACUUGCUGCGCUUUCAAUUGGGCUGUGGUGGACGUUCGAUCGAUCUCGAAGUGGCUUCGGCCUGGGAAUAGGAAUUGCAUUUCUUGCCACAUUGGUGACUCAGCUUCUCGUCUACAAUGGAGUUUAUCAAUACACAUCUCCUGACUUCCUUUAUGUGCGUUCCUGGUUACCCUGUAUAUUUUUUGCUGGUGGAAUAACUAUGGGGAACAUUGGCAGGCAGCUGGCAAUGUACGAAUGCAAAGUUGUUGCAGAAAAGUCUCAUCAGGACUGAAAAAGAGCAAAGCAUACCUUUCUCAAGGAGGAUGAAUGACAGACCUGGAAGAACUGGCACCAAGGAGUACUUUAUAGUGUUUCAAAACAGCCGUCACCCUCCCUUGUGUCUUCUUCUGCUCUCACUCGCUGUCCCCCUUGGCCUGUUCCACCUGCAAAAGGCACUUUUUACUGCAAUCUGUGAUUGCUACGUCUGUAAUUCACUUGAAAAUCCCGGCAUCUUGGUAUCUGAUCAGUGUGAAAUUCUGCUGGAAUGCAACAUGCUGGACAAGGUGUUGGUUUUUAGAUAGGAGCCUUUACUUUAUAAAGUAAGCUAGUCUUGCCAUAUACCAUUCUCUUAUUUGCAUAAUGUUCCUGUGCCAAACCAAACUCUCUCUCUCUCUCUCUCUCUCUCUCUCUCUCUCUCUCUCUCUCUCCCUCUCCCUCUCCCUCUCCCUCUCCCUCUCCCUCUCCCUCCCUCCCUCCCUCCCUCCCUCUCUCUCUCUUUUGGUUGCAUUCCUUUUUUUUUUACCUUUCCCUGGACAACUUGGGAGAUUAAAUGUUAUUAGAGUGUUUCUAUUUUAUUAUUCAGGCCAGAGUGAUGUAAAGGUGGCCUGAAAAGGCAUUAAGGACAGUAAAUAAGAAAUAUAAUUCAAGGCUGUGACUUCACUUUUCCCUACCCCACCCCACCCAAAAAAUCAACAGGUUAGUUGUAUGUCAGGUACAGUUAUACACAACCAACUUGUUCCGUGUCAUGGGGUUGAUUGUAUAUUGGAUGUAAAGCCAAUCUAAACUAUUCUGCAUACGUACAGGUGAGGCUUCUGCUGCAGUCAUGCUGUCCAUGCCUGUCAUGUUCCUCAGUAAAUAGGUGCAUUCUGUUGUAGGACUCUUCAUGCAACACCAGCAGUAACACUGCUGCGAGUGCAGACGUGGCUGAGAUGGAGUGAUGCUCCUGACACCACCUGAAAAUAAGUCAUCUGUGGAUGAUAGGAAAACCCGAACUUCUAUAAAUUCAGUGAAAUCAGCCUCUGUUUACUUGUUGGAGGUUUCACUCUUCCACCAUAUGCAUAAGCUUGGAUUCUCGCAUGCAUUCUGAUGAUAGAAGACACAAUCUGCUGUGAACUUCUCCUAUGCAGGCCCCAUUGAAAAGAAUGGAUGAGUGGAUAAUUGUUGUAUGCUACAGCAAACAUGAAAGGAUCCCAAUAGUUCAGGGAUUGGGAGCCCCUUACCCUUCAGGUGUUGUUGGACUCCAGCUUCCAUCAGCCCCAGCUAGCGUAGGCAGUGGUGAGGGAUGAUGGAAAUUGUUUCCCAUCCCUGCAUUAGAUUGUGCUUGGUUAAACAGACUCGAAGAAGGCCAGAGUAUGAUGUAACCUUGGCACACUCUUAUUAGAGGUGUCCAUUGAGGUUGGGGGUGUGGCAGAAAGGGAAAAUGCCUUACUUGUAAUGAAGCCCUAAAGUUGUUGAUUCUAAGUAAAAAGCAUAAGUUGAAUCUGUUCUAAACUUGACCAGUUUCAUUACUUCUAUCAUCGUCGUUCAUUUAGCUUUAGAGAGCUGCUCGUAUUCUUUUAAAGAACAUUUUCCUUUUAAAAGAAAUAUUAUGUAAAAGUUUUUUGUUUUUUUUAGAAAAUGUGUUACAGUGACUCGAAAGGGCUUGGUCCAAAGAACUGAUGUGUUUAGACAAAACGUUUUGUUUUUCUUUAAUAAUGUAUAUUGUUGUGUUCAUGAAAAAAAAUGUGGAACAGAGAAACUAACUAAGCAGCGUUUUUAAGGCUUGCAUGCUAAUAUAUGAAGAAUAUGCAAUGAAAGCUUGGGACAAGAAGAUGUCGGAAGGAAAAUGUGCAAUCAGUAAGACUUAAAGAAAAAAGGAAAGAAAAGAAAAAGCGCAAAAGCAAAUAAUAUGCAAAAUAUCAGUAGCUCAGACUUCCCACUUGGUGUUGUAGCUUCCCACCGCAGCACUGAAAUGUUUCCAGUGUCAUCAUAUGGACUUAAUGUUACGGAGAAAGCACUUGCGCUUUAGUGUAUCUCCUUAUAUGCCCUCCUCCACACUGAAAUGCAAACACUUUGUGUAUUUUUAUAUGAUUUAAUUUUGAAGCAUUUCCUUGAAUGGUACAAAUGUCACUUGGGAUUGUGGAGAUACUUUAAAAUUGAGUCAACAGAGAGCUAAGUAUUCCGGCAUAGCUUGCAACUGCACCUGUUAUCCUGCUGAUUAAUAUUUAUGGGUCAACCCAACUGUUUAAAGUGUUUGUUAAAAUUGUGGCAUGAGUAUAUUUUGAAGUCUUAAAUCUGGCAAUUUGGCCCUUGGAAAACAGUAGCAUGACUAAAUUAAGCAACAGACCAGUAAGAUAUGUGGAGCUUUUUAUGUGAACUGUACAAGAGAUCUCUUACUUUGAAGUUUCUAGUCAUUGCUUGUAUUCUCCAGGGCCUUCCCAUAGAUAGGUGAGCUUGGAGCAUAUCAGCAGAGAGCUAGUAGUUAUAAAGGAGAUCACCUUCUGUUUCACAUGUAUAGUCUAGGGCAACUCUUGUUGAGAGUAGAUGGCCUUGGGAGUACAGCAGGUCUCUCGUUUCCCACAGUUGUUGUAGUUUUUAAAUCUAGUUGACACGAAAUGCGAAAAGAAUUAUGAAGGCACGAGGAGCAAUUGUGUGGCACCUCAGUUCACAAUAUGGCAUGUAAUAGCUAAAAAAGAUGGCUGUUCAUGGCUAUGUUCAUUGAAUGUUAUGAAUACCACUGUAUUCUGUAACAGACUCUGCAAACUUUGGAGGACUUAACAGAUUUGCCACUUACAAAUCUUGCUUGCUUUUGUGUCAUGUGUUCUUUGUACCCAGCAGUAAUGAGGGGGAUGGGGAAGGUUUUCAUCCACCUUGCUGAAAAAGUUCAAGUGUGGUGUUAAAUCUUCCAUACAUCUUCAUAUAUUUAUCUCAUCCUUUGUAUAUUAACGUGAACAUGGAGAAUAGAACCUUUUGUAUAUUGUAACUACUCACCAGGCAUCCUUGUAUACCAUGCCUUGCACUGUUGUGUCAGUCAGUGAGAGAUAACACAUGGUCAGUUUGAAAAUGCCACUUGGAAUAAGUUGAGCGACUCUUCCAUGUCUUUCAGCCAAUGAUGCAACGUCACCCCAAAGUCAUUCUUGUGGACUACUGCUUUUCUGUUGAUGAGUAGCUUUUCAUUUAACAAAACAUGUGUUGAUUUUUAUGUACCUACUAGCCAGUACUAGAAUUUUGGGAGGAGAGGUUUGUAAUGGGAAUGCCUUAAUUACAGUGGUGGGAAGAAGCAGCUACUGUAUAAUAUGUAAUUAUAAUAUUAGACUGUCUUCAAAAUGUUCUGUAGAGGAUGACUAAGAUAUAUUUUAGAUACAACUUUAUAAGCACUAUAAACUCUUCACUAGUUGUGAAUUGUAAAGGUUGACGAUGUUUACUUCAAAUUGCUGUUAAAAGCAAAACAUGUAUUAAAUAUAAUUACAGCCUUGUUGAACCGGUUUCUUUUUCGUUUUUCAAGAAGCAAUAAUUGAUAAUUAUCCUGUUUCAAAGAUCAAAUUAGAAUCCUGGCUUAAUGGUUAUGGAACACCUGAAAUGCUACAAGGAAACAAGCCCGUUAAUACACAUAAAUCAGAAAUUGCCAUGAGUCAAGAUGAUUGCUGCACCAUUGGCCCUUUUAAGAUCCAAACCCUCCAACUAUGGUGAGGGCAGUGGAUGUGAGAGAAUUAAG